AGGUUUAUUUGCAGAAUUGCUUUAACACCAGUAAUUGGGUAUUUGGUUGUAGAGGAGUAUUUCACUGUCGGUCUUUAUUUGCUUUCAAUUGCUGGUAUUACAGACUUGUUGGAUGGUUUGAUAGCGCGGCACAUAAAAGGUCAGAGUUCACUGUUGGGUAGUGUACUCGACCCAGUUGCCGAUAAAUUGCUUGUGAGUACACUCUUCAUAACGCUCACUUAUGUCAACCUUAUUCCACUUUUACUAACAAUCAUCGUAAUCUCACGUGACAUAUGUCUCAUAACGGGUGGUUUUGUGAAACGAUACCGAUUGUUAGUGCCUCCGAUCACACUGAAACGCUAUUUCGACCCUUCCGUAUCUCCAGUGAAAGUGGCACCUACGAUGGUUAGUAAGGUGAACACCGCGUUACAACUCUCUCUGGUGGCGUGCAGUCUCGCUUCACCAGUUUUCGGUUUUGUUGGUUAUCCGUACCUGACAGCUUUAUGGUCAGUUCUUUUCGAGUAUGGGAUGUUGUUUUGGCUGUUACUUUCGAAGUGUUGUGCUGACUGGCAGCGAUUUGCUGUCAAACGACCAUUCACCUUUUACAUUCACAGAAAUACCUUGCCGAUUCGCUUCUGUCAUGCAUAUCAUCUGAAAAUCUUCGAUUACACUGAAAAGAUAUUACACGAUUUUUCGCUAUCAUUCAGUUGA